UCUUUUUUCAGCUCCUGCCUCAGGAGCGCACUGAGCAAAGCCACGAGAGAAAAAAAAAAAAAAAACUAGACAGAAACAAAACAAAUCUAGAGGCGGAGAGUGCGUGAAGAGGCGGGAUGGUGCUCCAGCAGAGCUGCACAUGUGAGCCCAGAGGCCACCGGUAGUGCGUUUUAUUCUAAUUCAAAGGGCAGAUAGAGGAGAGGACGCAGCUAGAGAGAGAGAGAGAGGUCCCUGCCACAAGUGUCCUGUCACCUCGGGGAGAUGUUCUUUUCGCCGGUGUUCAGCUGGGUCCUCCUGGGCGGUCUGCUGCAAGCUGCGGCACCCUGGGGCGCAGGGCGUACGGCCAGACCAAGGCAGUGCGACCCACCAAAGUCGCAAAGCGAGCUGAACUCUUUCCUGUGGAGGGUGAACCGCGCGCCUCCUCAGCCGCCCUCCUACUUGUUCGGCACCAUCCACGUUCCCUACACCCGAGUCUGGGACUUCAUCCCCGACAGCUCCAAGCAAGCCUUCCGAGGGAGCGGCAACGUGUUCUUUGAGCUGGACCUCACAGAUCCUCUGACCAUCUCGAAGCUGACCAGCUGCCAGCUGCUCCCCCACGGAGAGAACCUGCAGACCCUUCUGCCGCGAGACUUGUACCGCCGCCUCAAGCGCCACCUGGACUACAUCAAGCACAUGAUGCCCUACUGGAUGACGGCGGACCAGAGAGGCCGCGGCCUGUACGCCGACUAUCUGUUCAACGCCAUUGCAGGGAACUGGGAGAGGAAGCGGCCUGUGUGGGUGAUGCUGAUGGUGAACUCGCUGACAGAGUGGGACGUCCGGUCCAGGGGGACGCCGGUGUUGGACUUGUUCCUGGCUCAAGAGGCAGAAAGAAUGGGGAAGAAGACGGGGGCCGUGGAGCGGGUGGAGGAGCAGUGUCACCCGCUUAACGGGCUAAACUUCUCUCAGGUAUUGUUUGCAUUGAACCAGACACUGCUGCAGCACGAAGGUGUCCGAGCAGGGAGCCUGCAAGGAUCCUACACCACGGAAGAUCUCAUCACACACUACAACUGUGGAGAUCUCAACUCUAUUAUCUUCAACCAUGACACUUCACAGCUGCCUCACUUCAUCAACAGCUCUCUGCCAGCACAUGACCGUAUGACCGCCAUGCAGAUCGACAGCUACUUCCGCCAGGAGCUCAUCUACAAACGUAACGAGAGAAUGGCUCGACGUGUCUCUGCACUGCUGCAGAGGAAUCCCAACCAGACUUUCUUUUUCGCUUUUGGUGCAGGUCACUUCCUUGGGAACCACAGUGUGCUGGACAUACUCAGGCAGGAGGGCCAUGAAAUUGUCCACCUGCCCUCUGAUCAUCAAGAGCAAGUUACAGAGAUUAAACAAGAUCCAGAGCUGCCUGCAACCGGGUCUGUUGAGGAGGCCUCAGACACCAGCACAGUGACUCCCACCACCUGGCCAACCAGUCCGCAGGAGGAGAUGGAAGAUCCAGAUUAUGUGCCCGGCCUUGAAGGGGAGGAACUGCCUCACAUGCUUCUCCCUGACAGCUUGAAUCAGCUGGAGGAGUUUGGACGACACAAACGGCCCCACAAAGCACACCGCAGCCAUGGGAGGCCCAGACUCUUCAGCGACCUGUGGGUUCGCUUUGGGGAUAGCACACCGCCCCCUAAUAUGAGGAUCAUCAACGGGUACGUGACAGUGGAGCCUCCGCUGACCCACCCAGAGCGGCGCAGGCAGUCGGAGAUCUACUCGACGGAUCGACACGCCGACGCUCCCUCGCCCAGGCCGCACAGCCUCAGCCCAGCCCGGCUGGCUCACACCUCCCUCACCUUGUCUUGUAUUUUAGCCUGGUUUUUGUCACACAUGCUGCUCACCUCCUGACCACAAAACCAAGUCAUCUCACAGACUGACACUUAAGACGCUACUACAUCCGCAGCAGAGCAGAGCACAAGGGUGGCCAACAUCAGCGCGUGCAGAGACGGGAUGGAGAGAAGUUUCCUCCAGGUCUUCGGAGGGAACACUCCUGCUGUUGGCCUCAACCGCACAGAGACGUCACGUCCGGUCUGCUGGAAGUUUUUAAUGACACAGCAGGUGUCAAAUCCUAACAAUGGAUGGGCCAUGGCCAACUCGCCAAUUCUCUUGAACUAUUAGAAUAACAAACACAUGGAAUGGUGAAUUAAGUUAAAGAACUGGAGUCUUCGACCUAAUGAAAUUAUAAUAUUGUAUAGAGAGGAUUUACUUUAACGGUGAGAUCUGAACAUAUUAAUGACAGUUAUAACUCUGUGAUAAAUGGCUUCAUUGCAUACAGUGCUGUGCAUGAGGUGUCACUUUGUAAAUUGUGCAUUUGUUCAUAAAGAAAAUGUGUAUUGUAUUUAUUAAUUCUGAAAAGCAGAGUAUAUUUUCUUGAUAUUUGAUAAAUAGAAAAAAUAAAAACGAAUGAAGUA